GAAAACUAUUGAGCAGCAUUAAAUGUUCCUACUUCGACCGAAGAAGACCGGCACGGAUGUUCCUUCCGAUCUCACGAGCGCAACACGGUGUCAGAGAACCCAGACGGCAAUCACACCGCUCUCGUUCGCCGACUUGUCGCCAUGGCAGUCUGCUCCCUUCCCUCUCCGAUGGAGGAUAAAGAUGAAGUCACAUGUACAUGUGUGAACCCAAGUUUGGGGCGGCAUCUUCUGGAGAACGACACGGCCCAACUGUUGUUCGAUGGAAUGUCCGUGAGAAAAGAAAGUCUCCAGGAUCAGAGACUGCGAUGAGUUUUCUGCAAGGUGUCGUAACUCCUCAAAGGUUAAUCCAACGUAACCAUUCCCGGCCAUCCUUCCCUUUGAUGACCGCACGCAGAAAGAGACAGUAUGUGAGGAUGGUAUCAGCCAUCAGGCGUGUUGGGUUGGGUUUUGGAGUGCUAUGUCAACAUUGGCUCCCGCUGCCACCGUGAAAGAGGCCAUCAGAACGCAUGCAACAGGAUAGAGAUGAAUCAUUUAAUUGGAAUUUGAUCUAUCAUCAUUCCCGACGUCAAAGCUUCGAUCCAAAACCCAUUUCUAGAGGCCAUCCUGGUGCAAAAACCCCCUUCUUUCUAUCCACCAGCAAGUGAAGGUCUUGGGGAGUAGAGAGGAGCAAGGCAUGGGCAACGCAGUGUGCGCCAAGGAGAAAAAGAAGAAGACGGCCAAGGUGAUGACGUUGGACGGCGCCGUCAUCCGGCUUAAGCCCCCGGCCGCAGCCGGCGACGUGCUCCGGGACCACCCGGGCCACUCCGUCCUGGAGGCCGACGAGGUCAAGCGGCUCGGCGUCCGCGCCACGCCGCUCGACUCCACCCAACCCCUCGAACCGGGGAAGCUCUACUUUCUGGCGGAGCUCCCCCGACCGCUGGACCGCCGCGGGCUGCGAAGAGCCUCCUCCGUCGUGGCCGCCGCGCGUGGCAGCGCCACCGACCGGCUGGAGAACCUGCGGCUCUCUCGGCCGCGGCGCUCCGCUUCGCUCGCCGUGGAGACGGCGGAGGGCGGCGGGGCGGUGCGAGUCCGGGUGCGGCUGCCCGCGGCUCGCGUGGCGAAGCUGCUCCAGGAGAGCGCCGACGGAACGGAGGCGGCGGAGCGGAUCGUGGAGCUUUAUUUGGCGGAGAAGUCACCGCCCGCAAGGAAGGAGAGACGAACCAGAUUCAUGCCUGUGGUGGAUGAGACAAGAAGGCGACAGGGUUCGGAGGACAGGAUGUAAGAGGACAAGCAGCAGAGUGUUAGGUUAAUGUUGUGUACAUAAUGGUGUGACAAACAUAUAAUGUUACCUGUGACAUUUCCUACUGUUCUUGAC